AUGGCAGACGACUUCGCAGCCAACUCUGUACCAGGCGUCAGGCCAGACGAUUUGUCAAGAGGCAACAUGCUGCCAGCAAUUCAGAACGUGGGAACUGUGAAGAGUAUCUUCAGGCCCCCUGACAGUGACUGCAUCCAGCCUUAUGCUAUCAAAUAUCAAGAUGGCGGUGAUGAUGAUCACGAUGACAAGUCUACAAAACAUGAUAACACCACCUGCAUCCAACCAACAUUUCAGACCAGCCCUACUGAUGGUGAGGUUCAACCAUACGCUGUUGCAUACCUACACGAGAAUGUUGCAUUUGGCUUGGGAGAAGCUAAAACAGAUGAAUCCUUUCAGAGAUCAGAAGCGGCGACAAGCAGCAGCAAUGCCAUUUCAGUCAACACGGCAGGACAAGACUCAUCCGAGGAUGACACUGAUGUUUUGGCAGGAUAUGACAGGAACUCUAACCCAGUUUACCCGCAAAACACCAUGGAUACCAACUCGAUCUUUCCACAAACUACCGGGAACUCUAACCUGAUGGACGAGCCAAACCUUGUCCCUGAAUCCGCAAGGUCAACUGAUAUUUAUGACAAACCCUGCAUCCAGCCAUAUGCUGCCGGGUGCCAGACAGAAGAAGAUGAUGAUGAAGACAAGAACAAACACAGAAGAUGUGAUGACAACGUCUGCAACCAGCUACAUGCUGUCAAAUACAAAGAAAAAGAUGACGAUGGCAAUAACGAACUGACAAAAUGGGAAGACACCACUUCUAGCCAGCCAUACUCUGUCAGAUACGUAUACAACAGCGAAGAACAUGAUGACAAUAACAUACACACAAAACGUAGCAUCCAGCCAUAUGCUGUCAAAUACCAAGAAAAAGACGAUGAGGACAAUGACAAACGCAUAGAACGUGAUGGUAACCCUUGCAUCCAACCAUAUGCUGUUAGAUACCAGACUCAAGACGAUCAAGACAAUGGAAAACACGCAGAACACAAGUGUUCAGCAGUUCUCGACGCAGAUAUCCUGCCUUGA